AUGUCUUUCACCAAGCUUUCUCUGCUCUGCACUCUGCCUUUGCUCGCUCUGGGCGCGAAGUUCAAACGUGCAACGCCUGAUGAAUUUGGUCUCUUCGGAUACGGCCAAGGAUUUGGAGGGUUCCCGUUGUUCUAUGCUGAUGGGUAUGCGUACUUGGGUGAACCGUCGUCUUCGAACAGCUCGGAUCCUGGCGUCGUAACCUUCACCCCGAGCGGCUCUGGCACUUCCCAGAGCUGGAUCGGCAACCCCAACACAACGCUCACAAACUACACUGUUUCGUGGUCGGAUGUGACCUUUGCUGUUCCCACCGUAUCCUCUUCCGACAGGCGUGUCAGGUUUCUCACUAACGAGACAUCGGAUUCGGACGUCGUCACCACAGGCUUUUACUUCUACGGUUCCACCGCCUUUGUGGUUGAGGGUGGUAAGUUGGAGAGCCCGUGGUAUGCUCUCCAGGUCAGCGAGCGUGUGCAUGCUCUGUACUGGAACGACACCAGCCUUGGCCAGGUGCCCGUUAUCCUGAGGAACAACCCUCCGUCCAACCCGCAGAAUGUACCGGGCAUUUCGUCGAACUAG